AUUAGACACUGGUUCAUAUUGCUCCUGACUUUGGCUACUCAUUGUUGUGAUAAGAACUUUCUGAAAACUGUGAGCUCUAUAUCUCACAUUCCAAGAUCAUCACCACUGGUGAAGUUCUUGGAAUGUAUUAAGAAUACAGUAAAGUGUGGCAGGCUGUAUAAAAGUUACUGUAGGUGGUUCAAUGAGAAACGGAAAGGUGGAGCAUCCUUUGCAUACAGAUUUACAGGCUUGGAAGCAAAAAGGUUCUGUUGGAACUUUACUGCCCCAAUCAAUAUCCUGCUAGAAGUUCCCAAUCUAUCUAAAGGUUCUUUUCUUAAGUUGCAUACAUUAGCAUUUAUGGGAGUUAAACUUAGAGAUGCAGUUUCAAUAUAUACACRAGUAAACAUUUCAAAUCAAAGCCUACAGGAACUAGACCAACUGUGUAGAUCUUAUUUCAAUGCUGUUUCCUUGUUGUUAAAAAGUCCAAACCCUACUGUGUGGACAAUUGGCUAUGCAAUUCCUUUUCAUUCUAAGCAGCUUUUUGAUACCCUAGGGUAUGGCCUUGGUUUAAACUCCAUGCAAGGAAGAGAGGCGAAGCACAUUAAGCUGAAGCAAUAUAUUGGAAAUACAUGCAGUAGCAAUAAAAACCAACAGUGGUGGACUGUUUUUAGGCAUGAAUUUGUUAGUAUGGUGUGGUUAAGAAAGAAGGAUCCCUGUAGUGUUAACUAUACUGGAGGAAAAGAAAAAGCAUCUGACUCAUACAUUCCACUAAGAGUUUCAAGAAAAAACACACGAUAUUGCCAUUGUGGUGAAGCAAAAUCAAACCCCGAUGAUGAAGAGUGCCAUAUAUGCAGUAGCCAUAUCAUGAAAAUUGUAAAGAAAUCUGUGAAAGAUGGAAAGGUGGACCCUGCUUUACACUCCUUUUUUGAAUGAGCUGCCAAAAACGAUUGGAGGACKGGGCACUAGUAUCCUGAAUUGAAUUACAUUCAACUCUUGCCCUAAUAAUUAAUUAGUAUGUUAAAGUGUAUUCCACAGGUAUAUGAAAACCACUUCAAUGUGCCAUUGUACUUCAAAACCAUUGAAGAGCACAGACAACACAAUUAAUUUUGUUGACUAGAGUCAUUAUAUCCAAACCUUAAUCAAAAACCCAUUGUUCUUGGAGUUACUUUGGACAGCAAGCUGUGUUAUAAAGAACAACACAGAACAACUGAARRAAGGCUACAAAACCACUACAGCUUUGAAAUGAAUUACUCACUUUGUUACAUAAAAUAACAGUGAUUUUUUWAAAUAUAAAACAUGAAAUAGGUAUCUAAGCUAAAUCAAAACAAGUACUAGUGUUUUUUUUAUAUAGGAAUAUAUACUCUUUA